AAAUUUAGGCAAGGUAGGUAGAGAGACGAAAUCCUAAAUUCCAGAAGUUGUGAUUUCUACUGAUUGUGAAGGAAAAAACAGUCAGCUUUCAAGACCCAACCAAGUCUUCAGUCGCAAGAAUAAUCAGUAAAACCCACAAUCGUUCAACGGAAGCCGAAGAAAUUCUCAGCUUCAGGGAGCUACUGCACCAGGGUUUUAUCAGUCUCCGUUCGAUGCCACGAUGAAAUCUUCUUCCAGGCCACCGGAUUCUUCCGCGGCAUGUAAUCGCCCUUCCAAUUUACUCAACGUUCAGCGUUCUCUGCGUUCCCAGAGGCCCGACUUUCCAGUCAAUUUUCAGAGUUAUUCUGCGCAACGAACUUACCCGAACCGCGCGAAUUUUGUUAUUGACCUCGUCUUGGAGCACCGCGGAGCACUGAAAAUUUCGGUUGAGGCUUUAAUUGCAAAAUGCGACUCCAAGCCGGACAAUUUUAUUGUCCUGCCGCCCGGUACUGUUGCCGCGGUUUUGUUUUUCAAGCAGUGGGUUAGUGCGCGCGAGGCUAUGGUAGGGUUCUGGGAAUUGCGCCUCCACGGGGUUCAUGAUUUUACUCCCAUUCUCAAACCUAAGAUCUAUUUGCCCUCUGAUGUCGAGGAGCUCGAUGACCGCCUUCGAGAGCCUUUUGCUGACUUUAUCAAGAGUCUAAUGGAUGGCCAGAAGGUUCAAGAUUGGCAAAACAAAUGCGAUGAUGUUGUGGUUCAGAUUGACCGAAUUUCGGAUACCCUUCGGAAGCCCCUUCGUAUUGCCACUCACUUUGAACUCACCGAAAAGAAGAAGGGGCUUAUCAUCGAGAAGUGCUCGAUUAUGAGGAAGAUGGAAGAGUUUAAGUCUGCCAUGCGUUACAUUCUGGACUACGUGGAAGGGGAGAAGCUGGAAAUAUCAGAUAGCGAGGAAGUGGGAGUUUUUAGAUUUGAUGGGACACUCAACUGGAACCGGAUUCAUAGCUUGGUUUUGAGAGAAUGCCGUAGACUCGAGGAUGGUUUGCCCAUGUAUUUUUACCGCCGAGAAAUCGUUCAGCGAAUUCACAGUCAACAGGUAAUGGUAUUGAUUGGAGAGACUGGUUCUGGAAAGAGCACUCAGUUGGUCCAAUUUCUUGCUGAUGCAGGACUUGGUUCUAAGUCCAUUAUAUGUACACAACCUCGCAAGAUAUCUGCUGUCUCCCUUGCGCAUCGGGUUAGAGAAGAAUGUCGUGGGUGUUAUGAUUAUGAUGAUGAUUACAUAUGCUGUUAUCCAUCAUUUUCAUCUGCUCAGCAGUUCAAAUCUAAGAUAAUAUACAUGACUGACCACUGUUUACUGCAGCACUACAUGAAUGAUAAGAAGCUUUCUGAUAUUUCUUGCAUUAUAAUUGAUGAGGCUCACGAAAGAAGUUUGAAUACUGAUCUCCUUUUGGCAUUACUCAAGAGUUUACUCAUGGUGAGGAUAGACUUGCAUCUUAUUAUUAUGUCUGCAACAGCCAAUGCAGAGCAACUAUCAAAAUACUUUUUUGGUUGUGGAAUCUUUCAUGUUCAGGGGAGGAACUUUCCUGUUGAUAUUAGAUAUGUUCCUCCUUCCGAUGAAGGCACUUCUGGUUCUUUCAUUGUUCCUUCAUAUGUUACCAAUGUCAUAAGAAUGGCAUCUGAGAUUCACAGACAAGAAAAGGGAGGGACAAUUCUUGCCUUUUUGACUUCUCAGAUGGAAGUAGAAUGGGCAUGCGAAAAUCUUCAUGCUCCUGGUGCAGUUCCAUUGGCAUUUCAUGGUAAGCUAUCCUUUGAUGAGCAACUUCGUGUUUUCCAGGACUAUCCUGGAAAGAGAAAGGUUAUUUUUGCCACAAAUCUUGCAGAGACAUCAUUGACAAUUCCUGGGGUUAAGUAUGUUAUAGAUCCUGGAUGGGUCAAAGAUAGCAAAUUUGAACCAGGAAGUGGUAUGAAUAUUCUUAAGGUUUGCAGAACCAGCCAGAGUUCUGCUAAUCAACGAGCUGGUCGCGCUGGUAGAACAGAGCCUGGUAGGUGUUAUAGACUUUACACAGAGUCUGAGUUUGAGCUAAUGUCCCCUAAUCAUGAACCCGAGAUUCGUAAGGUUCAUCUGGGUGUUGCAAUAUUGAGAAUUCUUGCCUUAGGUGUAAAGAAUGUGGAUGAUUUUGACUUUGUGGAUGCUCCCAGUGCUGAAGCUGUUGACAUGGCCAUCAGGAAUCUCGUUCAAUUGGGAGCUAUUACACUGAAUAGUAGUGUUUAUGAACUAACAAAUGAAGGUCGUAAGUUAGUAAAGUUGGGCAUUGAGCCACGCCUUGGCAAGUUGGUUCUUAGUUGUUUUAGUUGCCGUGUACGUAGAGAAGGUGUCGUACUUGCUGUUUUAAUGACAAAUGCUAGUAGUGUGUUUUGCAGAGUUGGUAAGGUUGAAGAUAAACUAAAAUCUGAUUGUCAGAAGGUUCAAUUUUGCCACCCUGAUGGUGACCUUUUUUCUCUUCUCUCAGUCUAUAAACAAUUUGAAGGUUUGCCUAAGGAGAGGAGAAACAAAUGGUGUUGGGAGAACAGCAUUAAUGCCAAAACUAUGAGAAGAUGCCAAGAUUCCAUCUUGGAAUUGGAACGCUGUCUCAAACAAGAACUUAACAUUAUCAUUUCAAGUUAUUGGCUAUGGAGUCCGCUGAAGCCGACAGACCAUGAUAGAAAUCUUAAAAAGUGCAUACUUGCUUCUCUUGCUGAAAAUGUGGCCAUGUUCACCGGUUAUGAUCGACUGGGUUAUGAAGUGGCAAUGACUGGACAACAUGUUCAGCUACAUCCUUCAUGUUCUUUGCUAAUAUUUGGUGAGAGGCCCAAAUGGGUGGUGUUCGGUGAAAUUUUGUCAAUAAGUAAUGAAUAUUUGGUAUGUGUAACUGCUUUUGAUGUUGAUGCUUUGUCUACCCUUUCCCCUCCUCCCUUGUUUGACAUAUCUCAUAUGGAGAAACAUAGGCUGGAAGGAAGAGUUCUUACUGGCUUUGGCAAAACUCAGCUUAAAAGGGUUUGUGGGAAAGGCAACAGUAAUCUUAUUUCUCUUACAUCACGUGUUCGAAAAGUUUUUGGUGAUGAGUGCAUAGGCAUUGAAGUUAAUAUUAAUCAGAAUGAGAUUCUGUUGUUUUCAAGAUCAGAGAACACGGAAGAGGUGUAUCGUUUUGUGAAUGAUAUUUUGGAGUAUGAAAGGAAGUCUUUGUGGAAUGAAUGCAUGGAGAAAUGCUUGUAUCGGGGAAAUGGUGGCUCACCUCCUGUUGCUUUGUUGGGUGCUGGUGCUAAAAUAAGACAUCUGGAACUUGAGAAGAGAUAUUUGACUGUUGAUGUAUUUCAUUCAAAUGUGGAUGCUAUUGAUGAAAAGGAGCUUUUUAUGUCUCUUGAGAAAUCUGUCUCUGGUACUGUUUGUGCUAUUCACAAAGUUUCAAGUUCUGGGCAGGAUGAUGAUGACAAAGGAAGAGGGCAUAGAAUAACAUUUCUUACUCCAGACGCAGCUGAAAAAGCUUCCGAGCUCAACGGUGAUUCCUUGUGUGGAUCUUUGGUGAAGAUAAUUCCUUCACAGAUAACUGCUGGAUGCGAUAAUAAACUAUUCUCUUUUCCUCCAGUCAUAGCUAAAGUCUGUUGGCCUCGUAGGUUGAGCAAAGGAUUUGCUAUUGUUAAAUGUAACAUUUAUGAUGUAGGUUUCGUUGUAAAUGAUUUCUCUAAUCUACUGAUUGGAGGAAGGUUCAUACGGUCCGAACGAAGCAUAAAGUACAAUGAUUGUGUUGCUUUAAGUGGACUCGACAGAGAGGUUUCUGAAGCUGAUAUUUUAAAUGUAUUGAGGUCUGCAACAGACAGGAAAAUUUUGGAUUUCUUUUUGGUCAGGGGAAAUCCUGUUGACAAUCCUCCAGUUAAUGCUUGUGAAGAAGCUCUCCUGAAAGAAAUUUCUCCUUUUAUGCCUAAAUCGAAUCCUCAUGUCAAGUGUUGCCAUGUUCAAGUUUUCUUACCUCAACCCAAGGAUUAUUUCAUGAGAGCUUCCAUAACUUUUGAUGGAAGGUUGCACUUGGAGGCAGCCAAAGCUUUGGAGUAUUUGGAAGGAAAGGCACUGCCCAUAUGUCUCCCAUGGCAGAAGAUUAAGUGCCAGCAGCUAUUUCAUAGUACUUUAUCUUGUACUGUCCCCAUUUACAGAGUGAUAAGAUAUCAACUGAAUGCUUUACUUGCAAGCUACAGGAAGAUAGAUGGUGUGGAAUGCACUCUAUCCCAAAAUUUAAAUGGUUCCUACCGGGUGAAGCUUUCUGCUAAUGCCACGAGAACGGUAGCGGAGCUGAGACAACCAAUUGAAGAGCUUCUGAGAGGGAAGAUUGUAGAUCAUGCUAGCCUGACUCCUACUGUUCUACAGCAUCUGACCUCUAGAGAUGGCAUUGAUCUAAUAAGUUCACUACAGCGGGAAGAUGGAGUCUACAUUCUUUUUGACAGGCAGAGACUUAGUUUACGAGUUUUCGGUUCUCAGGAAAAGAUAGCUGCAGCUGAGCAUAAGUUGAUUCAAUCCCUUCAGACACUUCAUGAGAGCAAGCAACUAGAGAUUCACCUUCGAUGCAAAUCUCUGCCUCCCAACCUCUUGAAGACAGUGGUCGAGGAGUUUGGGCCCGAUCUCAAUGGUCUUAAACAGAAGUUUCCCGGGGCUGGAUUUACGUUAAAUACUCGACAUCAUACUUUAUCUGUCCAUGGUAGUAAACAUUUGAAGCAGGAAGUUGAAACAAUCAUUUAUGAGCUUGCAAGGAUGAGUGGUGGUGGUUCAGCCAAAAGGCCUGAUGAUGCAGAUGCUUGUCCAAUCUGCUUAUGUGACAUUGAAGACGACAAGUUUGAACUUGAAGGGUGUGGACACCAUUUUUGCCGACAGUGCCUUGUGGAGCAGUUCGAGUCCGCCAUUAAAAACCAGGGAAGCUUCCCAGUAUGUUGUGCCCGACAGACAUGCCGGUCUCCCAUUCUACUUGUUGAUAUGAAAUCUUUGUUGUCGGACGAGAAGUUGGAGGAACUCUUUCGAGCUUCGUUGGGAGCUUUUGUUGCUUCUAGUGAAGGUGCCUACAGGUUUUGCCCGUCUCCUGACUGCCCCUCCAUUUACCAAGUGGCACACCCCGAGACGUGCGGGGAGCCAUUCGUGUGUGGGGCAUGCUACUCAGAGACAUGUACUAAGUGCCAUUUGGAGUAUCAUCCUUUCCUAUCGUGCCAACAGUACCGUGUGUUUAAGGAAGACCCAGAUUCAUCACUGAACGAGUGGCGCAAAGACAAAGAGAACGUCAAGAACUGCCCCGUUUGCGGGUACACGAUCGAGAAGGUAGACGGGUGCAACCACAUCGAAUGCAAGUGUGGAAGGCAUAUUUGUUGGGUGUGUUUGGAGUAUUUUGGUAGCAGUGAUGAAUGCUAUGGCCAUUUGAGGAGCAUUCAUAUGUCCUUCGUUUGAGCCUCUCUCUUUCAACUUAACUUUUGUGAAUUAGUAUGUAUAAAUGAAUCGUUAGGUUCUUAGGCGAAAAUUGUACACAGGGUUCCAUUUCAUCACCCAUCCAACCCCAAUAGCAUAUAUGUCUUCUUGUA